AUGACCGGCAGUAGCUGCAACCCUAGAACCGUGCAUCCUUGGAGAAAACCCUUGCAGGGGAAAACCCCAAGGCGGCUAGAACGCUGCUCUGUGGACGAGGUAGUCGCCUCAUUCCACGGUCUCCAGGUAAGCUCUGUACCAUUUCGACCCAGCGGUUUUGUCUAGUGGUCUCAGCCAGUGAGACCAAUUGUCGAAGCCCGGUCGUGUUCCGGGCAGCAGCCGAGGCUGCAAAGAAGAAGAGGUUCUCUGGGCAGUACACGACUACAGAGAUCGGUCAUGCAGCUUCCGAGCUGCAAAAAGGGCAGCGAGCCAUUUGGGGCCCGUGCGUCGAGAUAAGGGGGCACCAAAGGGCCCAAGAAGUCGAGCAGCUAGCGGCUGCUGGUGUUGUUCGGGC